GCCAAACCCGUCUCAAAAGUCACUCAAAUGACACCUCAAUGCAAAAUUCCACGUAAAAAUGCUGAACUCGUUCGAAAACUACAAACAAAUCGACGACAUAAUCGACGCUCGUAAAAAAUAUGCCUACUCCAGUGCGGCUACCACCAGCGACAAAUUCAUACGAUUCGAAGAGCCCAACAUGUUAAUAAGCGAGGGCGAUUAUUUCAGCCCCUCCGACAUCAAGCCCACCGAUUCGGAGAUAACAAUAGUGCGAGUGCGGUGCGAUGGGCUCUCGUUCAAGCGCAGACCCAGCAAAUGGGACAUGCACGACAUCGCCAUCCCGGGGGACGGCUCCCACCUGGGCGAAAGCCCCUCCAUGGUCAACCUGGCGACCUUAGUGCAACAAAACGACGAGUACCUCGUACCCCUGUCUUCGUGGGACCCCUACUACAACAAGCAGGAGGAACCACACGAAAACACGGCCAGUAUUAAAACCGAAACGCUUUCGGAAAACACGCUCAGUUUGGAGAGCAAAACUUCGAACAGUCGCAGGCCCAGCUUGGCGGGAAGAAUUUCGAAAUUUUUGAGGCGACACUGCAAAAAAUCAAAAACCCUACCGGAGACCUACAGUCUGGACAGUGACGACAAAAACUCGAACAACUGAGGACGAAUCGACCAAUUUGUGCCGUUUUAUUCAAUCCCAAGCUAAAUAAAGUAUGAAAUUGCCAAA